GGCAGGGAAGAGGCGGUGGCGGCUCGGGCCCGCCUUCUGCCAGGGCCGCGCCGUUCGGAGAGGCCGCACAGUUCCCGGCGCCCAGCGGGCCUUCCCGAGUCUGCGCCCUCCUUCUGAGAACGAGGGCCUUCUGCCGGCAGCCCGCUGGUAGUGGGCAGAGGCGCUCCUUCGCUUCCGUGUUCGGGCUGCGGCCUAAGAUGGCGCUGGCGGGUCAUGGGAGUGCGUGAGGCGACCGAGAAGAAGCGGCGGCGGUUUUUCUUCUCGGGAGCGGAGGGCCAUGGCGGAGGCGCUGCAGGUGUUUCUGCUCCCGCUUCGGAGCCCCCCGGGAAGGAUCGUUGGGGCCAAGCUCAGCAGCGGCCAACGAGCGCUGGCAGUCGCCCUGGAGACGGAGUUAUUCCUGACCGGCCUGACUUCGGCCCAGCAGGACCCCCUCCGUGGCUUCUCGCUGCCCGGCGCCUGGGAAGAUUUCACAUGGGAGAAUGUGGAGUUUGACGAUCCUGUAGUGGACAAUCUUAAACUGCUUGCUGUCAGCAAAACCCGUGAACUUUUCAUGUACGAAGUUAUUUUGGAUGUAGGAAAUUGUGAUGUGACACUCUUGCAAAGCUGCAGUGAAGACAGACUGAAGAGGCUGAUCAUGUCCAAAAAUACUAGUUUAUCUUCAAUCUCCUCUAUGAGAGUGCUGUCCUUUAAAAAUGGCAAAGUUUUUUUGUUGCUCAACAACUUUAUUAUUGUACAUCUUGCUUUUGGGGGAAGAGAACUAGAGACAGAAAAACUGGAGCUCUGCUUUGUUCUUAAUCUCUCACAACAAACUUUGGAAAGAGUGGUAGAUGCCACCUUUUGCAGAGGUGUCCUCUUCUUGUUAGAUAAAUCUGGAUGGAUAUAUUUCUUCAGUGCUAUGGAUGGUGCAUAUUUGGCAUGUGUUGAUGUAUCCCUUUAUCUAACUCAGGAGCAAGAAAAAAAUGACGUAGAUAUCCCAUCUCCCCUUACUUUAUUAAAUGUAUCACAUGAUCUCAGUGUUGCUGUGAUUGCCAACAGUUCCAAUUGUGUUGCAGCUAUUGAUCUCCAUUUAUACUUCAGACAAUAUCCUGACCACUUAUUUUGCAAGACAAACUUUAACAGCUAUCCCAUAGAACAGUGGGAGGGAACAGAGGAGGAUGAUCUAAGAAGUUCAGAUUGUGACAUGGAACUUCUGCAAUAUGGAUUUUGGGCAGACAGGUCCUGGAAGAAAUAUUUGUCUGCUUUGCAUAAUACAACAAAGGGAUGUUAUUCUUCAAAUUUGAUACCUGAUGUUUACUUCCCUUGGUAUCAAUAUGUUCUACAUCUAGAGCAUCAUGAUUGCAAGACUCGUGAAGCUUUUAAUAGCUUCUUUCUUCAAGAUUCUGCUUAUGGUCUUUCAAGCUCAAGAGAGAAAGGAAAUAAAAUCAAAGGAGACAGACAGUGGAAAACCAUACAUUUAGAGUUCCUAAAAGACUGUGUGGAAUUUGAGUGUAAAUCUGUGACAGGUUUUAGUGCUUUAUUCACUAUAUUAAGUGAGAGCAAAGGACUGGUUAUUGUUCUGUGGGACUUGGAGACUCAAGAUAUAAUAUGUUCUUGUGUAGGCAAAAACUCCUCUUUUUUGGAAUGCAGUAGGGAGGAGCAAUUAUGUGGCAUAUUUUCAGAACGUGGUAUUUCCUUGCUUCUGUUUCGCUUGACCCAAGAAGAAUUCUUGAAUAGAUUAAUAAUCCAUGGAAGUGCUGGAACAGUUGAUUCUCUUUGUCGGCUCAAUGGAUGGGGAAGGUGCUCUAUUCCAGUACAUGCUUUGGAGGCUGGUUUAGAAAAUCAUCAGUUGGACACUGUGGAUUUCUUUUUAAAGAACAAAGAAAAUCUUUUUAGCCUCUCGGUUUGCACGUUACAAGAGCAACCUGCAAGCAUUGUAUCCAAUUUUUAUUUGAAGAGUGUUGAAGAAUUGAGGCCAGCCUUGGACUUACUGUACAUGGCAAUCCAAGAAAAUGAUUUGGAAGUGCAGACCAAACACUUCUCUGAACAACUGCUGAAUCUCACUCUGUCUUUUCUCAAUAAACAGCUUUGUGAACUUUUUAUCCACAUUGAAGAGCUGGAUGAAAAUCUGGACAGAUGUGUUGAUAUUUUAACCUGCUAUACCUCUAAACUUAGGAUGUUUAUGAUAAAAUUUCCUCUCAAGCCAUCCAGUGUUACAAGCUCAUGUUGUGUUCUUGAAGAAGAUGUGCCUCAAAUAGAACAAAGCCAGAUGUGGGAGAAGUCUGAAGUAGAGCAAAUUAUUUCUGAAGCUAUUUUAAAAAACCAGUUGCCAGAGGCUCAGACCUUUUGCCGGCUAGCUUGCAAACCUGGUGCAAAUCUUGAAGAACUUACCCAAAUAGGACUGGACCUGGUUUACAAAAGUCUUUUGAAAGAUGACAUUGAAAAAGCCUCCAAACUCUUAAGAAACUUGGGAUUCAGUGUGAUGGAGCAACUACACAGAAUAUGUUUUUAUGUAACUGACAAACACCUCUGUGAUAUUUUGGUGAACAUGCUUCAAGAGAAAAACUACUUUUCUGAAAUGGAGAAGGAAAUGAUAGACUUUGUGCACCAGGUGGAAAAUGUUUAUUCACAAACCUUUCAGGAGGAGGAAAAGAGUACAGCUCAAUCCAGGUCCUGGCAAAGAGAACAAGAUACUUCUAUCCACAAUGCUGCUUUGGAUAUCCUUUUUAAUUGUGAGGAAGACAGGAUUCAUGAAAGGAAACAUAGAAUUAUGUUAAACUGGGCUCAUCAAUGGGACCAAGUUACCCGAGAGAUGAUUCUCCUCCCGAGACAACACCCUCAAGAAUUCAAGUCACAUAAUCCAUUGGUUGUUUGGAUGUAUCUGUCAUCUUGGCACGACUGGGGAAAUAUUAGUUCAUGGAUUGCGGAACGUCAGCCUCAGGGAAGAAGCACAAAUUGGCCACAACUGACUUUAGAAGCCAUUUAUGAAACUAUAUUGUGUAGCCGUUAUAUGCAGAAUGAAAUACUGGAUAACUUGGCUAGGAAAGGGAUUUUCAUGCCAGCAGAACUGGAACAAAUUGAAUGUCUUCUCCAGAGAUUGACUUUCAUUGGAGGAGUAAUGCAGAAUCCACAGCCUCUUCCAAAACCACAGUCCAUUGGGGACUUAGAUAUGCACCACUGCUUUAUCCUUUACUGUGUAGAACAUGGCCUAGACUAUCUUCUCUACAUGUAUUUAGACUACUAUAGUUUGUAUUCUUCAGAUAGCCCCGUUUUGAACAACAAAGCUUUGCAUGAAGCUCAUCCUUGGUUUGAAUUUUUAGUGCAAUGUCGAAACAUUGCUGGGUAUCCUGGAGACAUAAAGAGGAUUUUUCAGGCUAGCCUAGCAAAUGCCCAAGUAUUAAUUCCUAGCAACCAGGCAAGCGUGAGUACGAUGCUCUUGGAGGGACGAACACUUCUUGCUCUUGCCACGACUAUGUUUACCCCUGGAGGUAUUGACCAGGUUGUUAAUAAUGGAAAUGGAGGAAAGAAAGUGGAUGCCCAGCUCUACAGAAUGGCUCUUGUUCCUUACCCCAAGCUCAAAGCAGCCCUCUUUCCCCAAUAUGCUUCUUAUGGCAUCUUACCUUUUGACGUCUCUCUCUACCAUCUUGUUCAGUCAUUAGCUCCAUUUGAUCCCACUAAAUUGUUUGGCUGGCAUCCAACAAAUACACUUGCUUUUCCUGAUGUUUUCAGUGAUCUUCCUCACUUUUCACACUCCAGUGUUGUCAACAAAUAUGCAGAAAUACAGCAUCUUGACUUCUACUACUACUUGCAUCACCAGCGACCCUCAUUUGCCUUUGGGACUUUUUUAGUCCACCAGCUAGCAAAGAGCAAAAAUCCAAAGCAGUUGAUUCAGCAAGCAGGCAAUGGAGCCUAUUUUUUGGCUCUCUCUUUCUUUUACAUGUCUUCUAUUGCUGCAGCCUGUGUCUGCUUUUUGGAAUUGCUGGGCUUUGAUAGUCUGAAGCUCCGGGUGGAUAUCAAAGCAGCAAAUAUAAUUUUGAGCUUCAUGUCUAGAAGAGAUGAGCCUCAGCAUAACUCCAUCAGGCAGUCGUUGGUUGAUAAGUUAACAGAACUAGCUAAUGGAGAAAAGACAGCGGCAGCAGAGCUUCUUGUGUGCUUGGAGGAAGCAGUCUGGGAGAAAAUUGAGCAUCAAGGGAUAAAGAAGUCAUCAAGUGAUGCAAGAAAGCAGUGGUCUUUGGUAGUUCACUUUUGCAGGCUUCACAACAUAAAGCUGAGCAUGUCAUAUCUGAAAAUGUGUGCUAGAGCCAAUGAAUGGCUGCAAUUUAUCACUGUAGCUGAAAUGUACAGCUACCAGCCAGCUGAGAUCAAUCUCAUCUUCCAAGACUUCCCUCAUCCUUUGCAGGAUCACUUGAGGCUGGCUUUUCAAAUUUUCCAGGCUCCAGACACUCGUUUGGAAGACCAGUGUAGCAGCCCUCACCUGCUGGGAUGUGAGCAUAGGCAGAGCAUGAAUAAUUUGUUCCAUAUUCUGCUUCAGUGUCAGCAUCACCCACAUCCUUGGCGUUACCUUCUGGGUGAAACAGUCAAGCACCAUGCUCCAGUUCUGAGUAUUCUGGCUGCAUGCUUUCAGGAUGCACACAUUAUCCAUUGUCUCUGUGUUUGGAUAAUAACUUCCUUGGAUAGCUUCACCACUGCUGAAGUGACAAACCACAUUGAAGACUCACUUGAAACCCACGAGUGGAAUCUUCAGGAUUUGGCGACCUUCUGGCAGAUGCUUCUAAGGAGGCAGAAAAACAGAACACUUCUUUACGGCUUUCAGUUGUUUCUGAAGGAUUCACCAUUGAAGAUGAUGUUGGACGUGUAUGAGUUAUGCAUGACCUACAAAAAUUACAGUGAAGCCCAGACCAAGCUCCUCGCCUUCCAAGCCAGUCUUUCAAGACUUGAAGCCUCACACGAAGUGCCACAGUCCAUCCUAUCUGUGCCCUGGCUGGAGUUGCAGGCUUCAUUUCUUAUUGAACAGAUGUUACAGCAAUGCAGAACACAGUAUGAACUGGGAAAACUCCUUCGGCUUUUUGCUGAUACAGACAUUGUUCUUCCACAUGGACCAAAUAUGAAGAAGAUGAGUGCCCUCAGUUGCAUCUUGAAGGACUCCUCUAUUUCAAUUGAUCCUGCUCUUCUAAGAAAUUAUACUCAUGAGAAUUUCCAGACAGAGUGCAGGAGAAUUCUGAAGCAACUACAGGAAAGAUGCUCUUUUUCCAUGGCCAGGGCUGUGGCAGAGCUGGCAGAGCUACCUGUGGACAAUGUUGUUAUCCAAGAGGUACUUCAAAAUAUACACCUGUUGAAGCAGAUUGACCACUGGUCUCAAAAGCGGACAAGGAUUGAGUUCUGGAAAAAGUGCCAUGAGAACUAUGUGAGAAAUGGAAUCUCAAACCAAGCUGCCUCCAAUUUUUUUUCAGCUCAGGCAGACUUUGUAUCUGAGUCAUUGGAUGACAACAGAACAUCAAGCAUUCUGGAGAGACAGCUUCUCCUUACCUUGGCUGGUCACUGGCUAGCCAGAGCUCACCCUGUCCCACUAAAUGAUCUUGAACAAAUAGAGAAAGAGAUCUGGCUUUGCCGCAUCAUACAACAGACUUUGAGCCACAGCACAGGGCAGGCCAGCCAUACUGCUGUGAGUGGCGAGCUAUCCUUUGAUUCCUUAGUAAAGGAGUUCUCCUUUUCCAAGAUAGCUGCAUUAAACAUGCACAAGUACUUGGAGCUUGAGAGCUUGCCUUCCCAAGGUGCAGUGCAAACCACACUUUCUGAUGCUGAAACAGAAUCAUUGAGUUUUCUUAUUGGACGCCUUCUAGAUGAAGGAAAUGUGCAUGAGGCCAGCCGUGUUUGCCAAUAUUUUAAAUUUUACAGCAGAGAUGUCUCAUUGGUCUUGCACUGCAGAGCACUUGCUGCUGGGGAAACCCCUCUAAGCUUGUUUCACCCAGAGAUUCAAGUUCUCAUUGCAGCACAAAAAAGAGAAGAAAACAAAGAGAAGAAUGGGGAAGAGGCACCUAAGAAACGACCGCAUAGCAGCUCUGGUAUGGAGUAUUUUUCCUCUGUGGGGGAUCUUUGCAGUGACAGUGAAGUUGUGGGCAGCUUGCAGACGCUGAUAGCAGAAUGUGUCCAUGGGAGGAACUAUUGCCGACAGAUGCUGUGCUUGUAUGAAUUGUCUAAGGAGAUAGGCUGUUCCUUCAGUGAGAUCUCUGCACAUGAUUCUGAACAGUUGCUCCAGAUGAUCCUGUCAUCUCAGCAGCCAGACAGGUGCAAAAAGGCCCAGGCCUUCAUCAACACUCAAGGACUGGAUCCAGAGAUAGUGGCAGAACUUGUGGCAGAUGAAAUCACACAAGAGCUGUUGACACCUUUACAAGGGCACAAGCAUAUCCUGAAUCCAGCAGAAGAAAGAAAUGUGUUUCUGCAGCUGGCCAAACUCUGCCAUGAUCACACUCUGGUUGGCAUGAAGUUAUUGGAUAAAAUUUCAACUAUACCACACGGGGAACUUGCAUGCACUACAGAGCUUCUGAUAUUAGCCCAUAACUGUUUUAGUUUGACUUGUCACAUGGAAGGGAUUACUCGUGUCCUCCAAGCUGCCCGGCUGCUCACAGAUGAACACUUAGCACCCAGUGGAGAAUAUGGUCUUGUGGUCCGACUUCUCACUGGUAUUGGCAGAUAUAAUGAGAUGACAUAUAUCUUUGACUUGCUGCAUGAGAAGCAUUACUUCGAGGUGCUAAUGAGAAAGAAGCUUGAUACGAGUGGGACACUCAAGACAGCCCUGCUUGACUACAUCAAACGUUGCCGUCCAGGGGAUAGUGAGAAGCACAACAUGAUUGCACUAUGCUUCAGCAUGUGCCGCGAGAUAGGGGAGAAUCAUGAAGCAGCAGCCAAUAUUCAACUGAAGCUCAUUGAUUCUCAGCCAUGGGAAGAAUACCUUCAGAAUGUUCCAAGCCUGAAAAAGCUUCUGAUGAAAGCCCUGACUCUUUUUAUUGAUGCUGCAGAAAGUUAUUCCAAGGACUUCUGUGUGCACCAGUCUUUACGCUGCAAGAGGCUGACAAAGCUGAUUACCUUGCAAAUCCACUUCCUAAACACCAACAACAGCACUAAAUUGAUCAACCUAAGCAGGAAAAGCUUGCUGGACUGUAUCAUGUCCUUACCCAGAUUCUACCAGGCUGCAAUUGUGGCUGAAGCCUACGCCUUUAUUCCAGAUUGGGCUGAAGUCCUGUAUCGGCAAGUGAUUGUGAAUGGUGACUUCAGCUACCUGGAGGAGUAUAAGCAGCGUGGUCUGCUCAAGGCCAGCACCAUUGAGGAAAUUGCUCAGAAAUGCACACAGCACAAAGGCAAUGAUCCUGCUCUGAAAAACCUGAAGAAGCUGUUGACCUAUUGUGAUGAUAUCUAUGUGUAUUACAAGCUGGCGUAUGACAACCACUUUUAUGAUGUAGUGAACAUGCUUCUAAAGGAUCCCCAAACAGGUUGUUGUUUGAAUGACCUGCUGGUGAAUUAGACUGUCUAGGAGAAAUACUGGAGCAUCUGUGGAAAGUUUGAUUCAGGCUAGGAAGCCACGUUUGGAGAAGCAGUACCUGAAAUAUAUCAGCCAUAUUUCAACAUGGUUGCUAAUUGCAUCAGCUGCACUGAAUAGCAAAUAAUGGAUUAUUAAUUAAUUAAUAAAAAAUUAGUUAUUAAUUA